CUAAGCUGCCAAGAAGUCGAGCAUCAUAAUGGAUCGCAAUAUUCUCCUUACUGUGAUGUACGGUACUCUAAAACCUCGCGAGUGCGGAUGAGGUUUAUUCGUUUCUUCUUCUUUCCUUCUUCUCUUAUUCCUUUCUCUAAGCUCUAGACGAGUCUCAAUUAAUUGAUUUUUUGUUGUUUUUUCAUUCCUGCAUGUCUGCCUUUCCCUUCUUCGGACCCGCAUCUCCCUUUUCUUUAAUCCUUCUCAGUAAUCAGGAUGUUGACCGUCCGUUCGUUGUCGCUGCUAGCCCUCGGCCUGCUAAGCGCCGUGGAAGCAUUGCCACAAAACAGAAAUAAGGCCGGCAAGAAGAAGGGCCAGGCUACGACGGCUUUCCAACAGGCUCAGCAGAUAGCGCAGGGUGUGUCGAAGGCCACGGAUGGCAGCAUGAUCUUGGAUACCACGGCCAUGGUGAACGGCCUCCCUCUACGCUUCAAAGUCUCCGCCCCAGCAGACCAAUUCACCGCAGCCUCCGGCGUAACCGGCGGCGCCCAAGCCGCCAACGCGACCGGGACCCUGGGCCUAAACGUGCUCCUGCACGGCGACGGCGGGCAAUCCUUCUUCGACUUCCCGAACCAAGCCGUGCAGAACGGCCUCGCGGGCGUCGCCGUGCUAGCCCCAGACCCGAACCUCUUCUGGGGCGGCGGCUCCGGGCUCGACCGAACCGACGGCGUCGCGCACUCGCAAGCAGUCGCGGACCUGAUCUCCAGCGUAAUGCCCAAAGUCCUCGCCUUCGACGCGAACAAAGUCAGUUUCACAGGCGUAUCGGGCGGCUCGCUGCUGCUAUCAGGCUUUUUAAUGCCGGGGCACAUGGCGCAGUUCGCGUCCGCAGGCCAGACAUCACAAGUCCUGCUGAACUGCGGCGGAUUGACGCCCCAAGUCGCCGUAUCCGCCGCGAACGCCGCCGCGCUAGCGACUACGCGCGUGCAUUUCCAGAGCACACAGCAGGAGCUCACGUUACUGCAGCCGGAACUGCCGAAGGCGAUACAGGCGUACGAGAAGAUCGUGUCGGGGGCGGGGUUGAACGCGGCUGCGAUCGGGGCGCUGCAGACCGUGGAUAACUCGCCGAACGGGGGGCACUGCGCGUUCGACGAGCAGGGGUUCGUGAGCGGGGUCCAGCUUAUGGCGAAUUCGUUCUCGGCCGUCAUGCAAGGCGGGAAUGGGGUUUUGGCUGGGACGAAUGUGAAUGUGUUGAACCCGGCGCCUGGGAAUGAGAAUUUGAAGUUCUCGGGCGCUGCGUAGGGAAGGGAUGGGAAGGGAUGGGAUGGGAAGGUGAUGUGCAGGGUUUGUAGAUGAAAAGAAAUAAAUAAAUAAAGAUAAAUAAUGAAUUAU